AUAAUUGUCUGUUCUUUGUUUUUUGUGAUUUCCAUGUACGUUUGUUCGUGACUGUAAUUCUAGAGUUGCUGUUAAUUACUUUAUUUAACUGAUACGUACUGGUGAAUAGACUAUCCAUAGGCAGGUAUAACAUUUAUCAGCUAAAAUAAUAUGGAAUGUGUCAGCAGUGACCCCCCAUUAACUGAGAUGUUUCUUCGAGGACUAAUUAAGCCUUGGCGUCUCUCAAGGAGUUUGAAGAAACUCUUUUGUCUCACGUUACUUGCGGUGCUUCUCAAUAUCGUCCUGCUGUACCUGUUGGCCAACAACGACACUAGUGGGACUUGGAAAGGACAAGACCUCGCCGUUGGGUCGUCCAGGAACCUCAGCAACGGCCCUCGUGCAGCAGGUCCCCGGAGGAAGGCCGUGGUUCUCUUUUCGAGGUGGCGCAGCGGUUCGACGUUCAUGGGGGAACUGCUGAAAAAGGCCGGCAGAGGGAUCUUUUAUAGUUACGAGCCCCUCCAUGAAUACGGCGUCCACGUUCUCUACGAGGACGUCGAAGAGACUCACGUGGCCGUCGAGGAGGUGAAAAGCAUUUUGCGCUGCCAAUUCGACUUCAGCGAAAUCGACGAGCUUCUGCAGAAGAAUCCACUCCUGCGCGAAGCUUGCAAGACGAACGACUUCUGCAAAGACGCGAACUACACAGCCGAGGUGUGUCGACGAUCGAGUCUCCACGUGGCGAAGGUGCUCCGCUUGGGACUCCAGUGGGCGCGACCUUUGCUGGAGAUGGAGGACGUCGAGGUCAAGCUGAUCUACUUGGUUCGGGAUCCUCGAGCAGUCCUCAGUUCACGAUCGAGAGUCGCCUGGUGUUCCACCCCCUCGUGCAAGGACGUGAAGACCGUCUGUUCCUUGUUGGAGGAUGACCUGUUCGAAGCCUCCCUCCUUCAAGAGGAUUUCCCUAAGAGGUUCCACUUCAUCCUCUACGACCAGUUCUGCCAGACUCCCUUCGCCGCCCUGCAGGACCUCAUGACCUUCCUCGGCCUCCCCGUGACCAAAGACCAAAGGAAGCUCCUCCAGUCCAAGCUGCCGUCCACCGACCCCUUGUCCAUCUACAAG